AUGGCAAAGGAGUACAAGGAUGCCUUUAUGAAGGCAAACCCGGGCUACAAGUGGUGUCCCGCCACCAGCAAGCCAGUGAAGAGCCCCUCUGGUCCCCCGGUCAGCAACCCCCGCAAAAAAGUUUGGUCCUUCUCUUCCAACUCAACCAAGGACUCCCCCACUGCCAAAAAAGUGCCCAAAACUGAUAGCAUGCCACAGUUAAACUUUGCCAUGGCAGACCCUACGAAAAUGGGAGGCCUAAGCAUGCUACUGUUAGCGGGGGAACAUGCCCUCACAAACAAAGAGAUCCCUUCCAGCACUAAACCCAGGUCACCUGACGCAGCCAGCGAAGUGAACUCCUUUCCAGGGGACAACGAAGAGAUUUUGUCUGGGACAGUACCAAGCAGAGUGCCUGACAGUACUGGAGGCAGUGUUCAGUCUGCCCCCCCCCAACUGGCAGAACCGUCUGUCUCUGCUCCUGAAGGAAAGCCCUGCCCACAGUCUGCUCUGUUCCAGCUCGCCGAGAUGUGCUUAGCCUCUGAAGCUGGACAGAUGGACCCAGUGGGGUCUCAGCCUGAGGUCUGCCCCUCCACAGCCGCCCCUCUGCUAACUGAGAUCAAGGAGGAGAGAGCCGACUGGGACGACGGUCCCCCCCCCCCUCAGACAUCACUUCUACCUUUGCUCUCCUCUGAUGCCAUUCCCCCACAAUGCAGCAGCCAAAAUGCACGUGUCAAAACCAAGAGCACGAAAAAAGAGAUGGCCAAGUCAAAUGAUAAUGUUGAGAUACCUUCCCCAGCAAAGAAAAUCCUCAAGAAGUGUAACCAUGCAGAGUCAAACGUGGACAGUGUCUUCAGUACAAUUGAGGCAGUGGCCAAAGGGGUCUGGAAGGACACCGAGGAGACCCCCAAGAAGAAGAUCCAGGGAAGUCCUAGUGCUGGUAACUCAGCUGUGCUCAAAAAGAAGAAUAAGCCCAAAGUCAAGACCUUUGUUCAAGUAAAAGAGGAGGAGAUGGAGGAAGACAGCGGGCAGUGUGGGCAGACCUCUUCUUCUGAGGUAGAAAUUAAGGAAGAGAUGGCCGACGUCUGUCCCAAACAAGACGCUGAAGAAGAUAGUUUAGGAAGCACGGGUCUUCAGAGCUGCAUGGAAGAAGCCCCGCAAUCCCCCUGCAGCCCCUCACCUUCUAAGCUAAGAGAGGAAGACAAGGGGAAGGAGAGGUCGGGUGAAGGGAACUGCGACUCCACCGCAGAGCACCACGGCUCCAGGAAAUCAGAGCGGAGCUGCAAAGGCGCCUUGUACAAAACGCUGGUUUCUGAAGGAAUGCUGACUUCACUGAGAGCCAACAUAGACCGAGGUAAGCGCGGUGCUUUACGUGCUUCUGAUCAUGAUGCCAACUGGAGUGAUGACAGCUGGUCAGUUUCUCAGACGGGACCUAAUAAUCCCAAAAAGCUGAAAAAGUCCAAGUCCAAAGAUGAGAGUUCUCAAGGCCUGGGGAAACUGGAGGAGGAGUUUGAAAGGAAGUUUAACAGCCUGCCACAGUAUAGCCCAAUGACAUUUGAUAAGAAGGGGACUACUGUCGUAAAGAAGAAGAAGACUGACAGCCCCAGCGUCCAAGAGGAAGUCUCUAAAGCCGGGAAAGGAUCAUCUCCAUCUCAGAAAAAGACUUCAUUCCACAAGAUUGUUAGGAAGCAAAAACACAAAAAGGAGAAACCAGGUGCAGUGGACAAAGGGCCACUGAGUGAUUCCACCGUGCUGGAUUCAGCUACAAAAGCCAAAUCCUGUGCCCCCGUUGCCAUAAUGUGCCCGGAUGUCCAGGGUACCAAUAGUAUGGAGAUGCUUGUUGGUAGCCAGAAGAGAAAGGCAAGAAAGACCAAGAUCACACACUUGGUGCGCACAGCUGAUGGCAGUGUGUCUCCUGCUGAGGAGGACAAAAUGUGGGACCAGAACCACGAAGAGGAUAAGAAGCCAUUACCCCAACAGAUUUUAUGCAAUGUCAAGGGUUGCUACAGUAAUCCCAGAGCACAGGAGGCGGAGAGGAGCGCUGCAGCACCAGAGCUGCCUGCUUUCUUCAGCCUGGCAGCCCUUGCUGAGGUAGCAGCCAUGGAAAAUGUUCACAGAGGCCAGAGAGGCUUGGCUGAGAACCAGAAGAAAGAGCUUAGCCAGACUCCAGUCCUCAUCUCCUGCGCCGACCAGUGAAGUGUUCUGCUGUGAGGAGAAGCCACAACAUGGCUCUGGCAGUGGUGGUAACCCUACACUGCAGGGAGACUUAAUGAGGGAAGCUUUGGACAAACUCCACCUUACCCUUGUGUUGAAUUUGCUUGAGCUUGGGUUUUAGUGGGUAAAAAGCGCUCUCCUACUCCCUGUUCCUCGCUAUCUCAGUGUUUUUCCCGAAUGCCUUCCUUUGGCUUGAGGGAGGGUGCCUUUCUGAACUUCUCCAACCCCCUUAGAUACUCUGUUUGGCCCUGUGGAGGAACCAAGCUGUCCCCCAUUGCAUGGCUUCCCUUAUAGAGGUGGUUGUCAUGGGUUUAUUGUACACCGUUUUGUCCACUAGAGGCUCUUUUUAAGGUCAAGUAUUGCGAUUUUAAACAAUUGCAUUUUAUUAGGUAGGGCAAAAAACCCAACACUGCAUUCCUUUUAUAGACAAACACAGCUUUCUGUCACCUUUUUACCUCACACACAUGCCUACUGAAGAGUUCCCUCCACCUCUGGUAGAAUACCUCUGUAUUUGAACAGUUCUUAUCCCUCCCAUUCCUUCCAGCUUCAACCCAAAAUGACUGUAACCAGGGUAAAUGAUCAUGGUGGAUCGACUUUUAAUACCAACUACUUGCUUAGUGUUUUCCUGUGGUACACUUAUCUGGUGUACUCAAACUACAAAGAAAUCAUGGUUGAGUAUUUGUAUGUAAGAUAUGAUGCUACUGUAAAACAGUAUGUGGUAGCUAUGAUUAAUCACGUUAGACUGAAUGUGUAAGAGUAAACCUGUUCUUACCUUUGCUUCUGAACUAGAGCUGACUAUAGCUGAGGGUGUUUGUUUGUCCUGCUUAUCCUUUAGUCGUAGGUUCGCAGUGUCCCUUUCAGGCUUCUGAGACAGUAGCUCAGCUUCAAAACUUCUUUUUGUGAUAGGGGGGGUGAGUGAAAGUGAUCCAAAUAUAGCCUUAACCCUCCCACCUAGACCCUCCUACCCAGACCUAGAACCAGCUUUCUGCUCAAUGCCAUUACAGUCCUAAAGUCAGUGAAAACAUUUUUCUUUGAAUAUAUCUUCUUUUUUUUUUAUUGAAUAGUGAAAAGCAGUUUUAUCGAUAGAUCUUAUUGCAGUUUGCGUAGCAAUUAGAAAGGUUAAUUCAUGUGUGUAUUGAAUUGUAGCUGAAGUUUGGGUUGCUCUUGAAAUGGUUACACAUGCCUUGUCUCCACCAGUUGCAGUGUUCUUCAAACAUAGCUCUUGAUAGUAUCUCCUUUGUCCUCAGGCAUGGCUAAAGCCAGCCACAAACCCCAUCAUAAAAGUUCACCAGUUUGCUAGUUUGUUGGAAUAUUUGUUUCAUGCAAUUGUUUUAUACUACAUGUCUCAUAUAAUGAGCUAUUUGGAAAAAACACAAUACAGAGAUGAAAUGUUAUUUGUUUUAUGAUUCUUUGUGGAAAAAAAUAUAGUAAAAAUCCGACCAUGCUAUGUUCCUUAAAGAACUAAUGGAGACAACGCAUUUGAUAACUGUUUCCUCUUUCUCUGUCCUAUCAGCCUUUUGAGAUUGUUUUGCCAAGUAAUGGUCUACUCAGAGGUCCAAUAUAAUCAAUGUUUUGAUUUUUAGAAGUAUUUAUAUUGAGAUGCAACUUGUGUGUUCAUUUUUGGCUUUGUUUUGUUAGUGUUUAGUCAAAAUCAUUCCAUUUCCACGCCUCUGUCUUGGACAUACUUUGGUUUACAGUUAAUCAGCUGUAGUAGUGACGAGGAUGAGGAUGAAUGCAGUACCUCUGCAGGGGCGUUGUCUUCCCAAGGGUUGCUGCCACACAGAGGGUAACUGGCCAGCAAUACUCCUCAGCUUCUGAACCCCAGCCUUUUGUUCCUCUGCGUAGAUCAAUACUUAAUCUAUCACAUUUUAGAUCCACAUUUAUGACUUUUAUAGCGCUUUGUUUUCUAUUUAAUUGUUCUUCUGUUGAAGUGUUUAUAAUGCUCUUUUAACUAGGUCCUCUUUGUGCUUUUUUACUCUGAGGUAAGGUUUACUGGAUUAAGAAUGUUUUCAAAAAGAUCAAGUUCAUAGACUAUGAAUGCAUCUAUGCUUAUCUGCUAAGCAAACAGGCACUGAGAUAAAAUGCACGGUCUCCAGACAAUGGGUUGUCUUUUCUCCUCUGGAGGUGUGUAUUUGACUGCGACUGCAGCACCAUUUCUUGGAUAUGGUUUAACGUUGUGUUCAAGGUUCUGUCAGAAUCUUAAUGACAGGCAAACAAAAAACAAAUGAAUGGGAUUUCGAGAACUCGUGCAUCUUGAAAUAGAGCAUGUUUGCUAUAUCAACACAUUGUUACUAAUAGUUGUUGGUAAUAACGUUCUGUAGGCCCUUGCGUGCAAAUAGUACAGUACAUGCAACAAAUCUACAAUUCCUCACUAAAUUUGUUCCUAAUAACCAACUAACUGCAAAUAUGUUCCAGUUAAGCUGAAGGGAAUCACUCUUUGCUUUACGAUAAUCUUACUCAUGAAAUGGUAUAUCUAUUUUUUCAGAUAUGAGAACAAAGUUACAUUAAGGAUGAUUGCAUCCAAGCAGUAAACUGUAUAGUUCUUCCACUGGUGGACAUCAGUGUAAUUCUUUGCAAAGACAAAGAAAUUGUCUUCCCCCAAGAAAGAGAUAUAUUUGCUUAUAGCAAGUGAGUUUAUUAACAUUUGCCAAAGAAAAGGGAAAUGUCAAUUCAAUGGAAAUCCUGUCUUAAUUAAGAAAGCUGUCAUAGCAGUUGUGCUGCAUUUCCUAUGUGUGUAAAUCUUCAGGUAACAAUAUCAGCACAAUUCAUCCUGUGUAUCUAAUGGGACUUUGGUGGUGUGGAGCCCAGAGUCGGAACGAAGUGCAACAAAAGGGCACUGCUCAAUGCCUCUUUUAAUACACAGUACCUUAGGACCCAAACCAAAACGAUCAUGGUCUUUGAAGAAAAAAACGAAUUCUUACCCGCUCUAUGUAAAUUAUGCAUUUUAACUAUAUGCGAGAGUCCAGUCAAUAACAAAUCCAUACAUCAAUAAGGAGCCAUAAUACUGUCAUUUCCCAUCUCCUCACUUUUUCUAUCCAGAAAAAUGCUUCGAUAAAGUUGAUAUUCCUAUAUUAGUUACCUAAAUGACUACAAUACCCUUUUGUGCUAGUACUGUCUACUUGAAUGUAAUCAUUUUGUACCUGUAUUUUUCUAAUUCAGUCUUGAUUGUACUGUAUGUAUGCUAUAAUGGUAUACUGUUCCUUAGGUGCAUAGUUCCACAACUAACAGUUCUCAUGACAGGAUAGCUGCUGUGCUGCGAACUCAUUGGAAAUGUAUGGAGGUGUUUAAGUCCAAAGGACUUACUGUACCAUGUGAGCAUCGAUGAGACUGACAACCGAGUUAUUCUUUAAGCGUGGUGGGACAAAAGCUUUCCCUGCUUUGCUACUUCCUUUUCCUUUGCAGUAAAGUGAAAGCUUGAUCAGGACAGUUUAUUAAACAAGGACGCUCCUGCAAUCACAUAGAACUAUUGAAUGCUUGAGUUUCAACUUAUUUAUUUCUGUUCCUUUUUAUAGGUUUAGUUGAAUAAAAAACGAUGAAAUAUAAAAGUGAAUAUGCAUCUAUUUAUACCUAAACAUGUAUAAGAUGAUCAACCGUUUACUGGAAUGUAGAUCAUGGCUUCCUUUUAUCCUUUGUUUUUAGAGUUGAAGAGGUUUUGCCAGAUCUUUGCAAGUCUCUUUCCACUAAUUUGUACAACAUGUGCUUGAUCUAAUUUAUGCUACUGGUAAUCAUCAUCACCGAUUAGUUGUUUCUUCUUAAUUGCUACAGCCCAGUGGUUAAAUGCAGCCUUGCCUUACUGGAACCCAAGCUUAGUGAGGGAUCCCCCCCUCCCCACAACUCCUAUGUCAUUACACUGUUUGCUGAUGCAACUAUUAUUCCUUUUACUCUUUCUGCUGACGCAACUAUUACUUGUUGAACACCUAUUAAAAUGACCUCUGUUGCA